CAGCGACUUGCUCAAGCAGUUGGACAACCCCUUGUUGCGAAAGACUCGUCUUCCCAAAACCGUCAUUCGACAAAACCGGAAUCCACACGACGACAGAUCCGACGACCUGCCAUUCCAUCCGACCUGCAGCCAACGGUGCACACAUACCGCGCGCUCCAUCAAUUCACUCGUUUAUACCGGGAGCGCACACCUUUUCUGCAAUCCGCUGUCCGAUUGUUUAGGGGACCUGAUUUCGCCUUAUUUCCGAGCUGCAGCCCUGAUCGAGACCGCCCCGCCGAUUCUUCGUCUCCUCGGUAGACUCAUGGACUAUGACGAUUGCGCCGGACUGUAACCAUGCCGUUCCUGCGACGCCGUGGCAACAUGGCCAGUGAGAGCGAUAUGCGGCGUCAUUCGCUGCUUGACACUCUCUCUGCGCCCACCCCAAAGCAGCCGACCUUCAACAACUCCGGGUCCACCACCGACCUGCCCGCUCUGUCAACCGUAGCAGAGGAUUCGACAUCUCUGCGCAUCCCCAAUUCUUCGGCCGACCUCCCCCGAGAUAGCAUAUCUGUGGCAUCCACCCACCGCGUCCCUUCGAUAGUCGAACCCUGCGAUGGGCCCGCGUCCGUCGCCGGCUCCGAUCACUCGCACAAGCGCCGACGCUUCUCCAUGCUGAGGUUUCGUAACGCGUCAGACUCUCAGCUGGCUGCGAAGGCGAAACUUCAUGCGGCGGCACAGAAGCCUCCACCAGUACCGCGCCCUCCCGAAAUCAUCACCACGGCCCCAACUUUCAAUCCCGUCGGCCCUCGAAAGAAGACAUCUCGGAUGAACUUUGGGCGACUGCGCCGAUCGGGCGAGCUCUCUAGGACAGAGGACGCGAAUGAGACGAACGGCAGGUCCGUCGGCCACGAACGGAUUUCCAGGGUCCCUGAACAUAGUGUGUCGUUUGACGAACCCAAUCGCCCGUCGUUUUCGCACGCUCAUGUGCCGCCACCAUAUGGAGAUGACCGCUCUUCGGGAUUGGCACUGCCUCCCAACCGGCUGUCCGAGUCGUCGAGGUCGGAUGCCAGCUCCGGGGACAGGGUCUAUGGCAGUACCACAACGACUACCCAUACCGUUCACACAACAACCACGUUUUUUAGGCUUCCGCGCAGGAAACCCAAGCAACCGACACCGUUGUUCCCCAUUGCUCACCUCCAGCCAAAGAGCAAGUCAUCAUUCGCCGAAGACUCGAAUGUCUCUGGUUCGUCCUUCGCCGCAUCGGACCGGUCUGGUGCCAAUGCCUCACGGGGUAGCCAAUUCACCCCGACGCAGUCAAGGGCGCCGUCGAGAAACGGGGUGACAACGCCACCUCCUCCAAAUCAAGGGGUCGCUAUGUUGGCUCGGGCGGCCGCAUCCCCUGCCACUGCCCUAUUUCGGCCCAGCUCCAGACAAUCUGGGCAAUCUUCACCAACCCGAAGCUAUAUUCAUAGGAGGGGUAGGUCUUCGACUAUGAGCUCAUUGGGGAGGAAUUCUCCGCGGGAUUCCGUGGAAGAUCACUUGGCCCCUCCCACAAGAACCUCGAUAUCAAACGGCCGAAAGAGUUUCAGCGAUCUUCUCGGCCUCGGUCGGCUGCGCCAGAAUUCAGACAUGGUGGCAUCUCGCCAGGGAACAUUAACCCCCAUGACGCCAGGCUCCAGCGCUUCCAAAAACAACUCUCUACAACUUCCUCGCGAGUCCGUUAAUCUUCCGGAGCGCCGAGAGGAUGACACGCCGGCGAAAUACCUUGAACGUCUGCUUGAAGUCGUCAGCAGGAGUGUGGUGGCAGCAGCCCUCUCCAAGAACACUGACGCGUUUUCGCAGUCGGUGUUACGCAGUUAUAUGCGGGGUUUCCUGUUCUUUGGCGACCCCAUGGACAUGGCACUGAGAAAACUUCUGAUGGAAGCCGAACUGCCAAAGGAGACACAACAGAUCGACCGCUUCGUGCAGGCGUUUGCGAACCGGUACCACGAAUGCAACCCCGGGAUUUACUCGUCACCAGACCAGGCUUACUUCAUCGCCUUCUCUCUACUCAUCCUCCACACCGAUGUGUUUAACAAAAACAACAAACACAAGAUGCAGAAGGCCGACUACCUCAAGAACACGCACGGAGAGGGGAUCUUCGAUGACAUCCUCGACGUUUUCUACGACAACAUUACCUAUACCCCGUUCAUCCACGUUGAGGAUGAUUUGGAUAUCAACGGCGAGCGGAUAAUUGCGCAAAAAGCCCGUAAAAAGUCAAUAUUUCCACACGCCGUCCCGGAUCCCGCCAAGAGAGUCGCGAAGGAACCCGUCGACCCCUACACACUCAUCAUCGAUCACAAGUUGGACUUGCUCAGGCCCAACCUGAAGGAGGUGAUGCAACUGGAUGACCCGUACGACUACCUCGGAACUGUCAAGUCCCUUAACAUGAAGGAACUCCAAAGGACCUUCUUUAAGACCGGUGUGUUGCAGAUAGUUUCCGCACGAUCACGACCUGAUGCUUUCAUGACGGAAAAGACGGCCACGAACCCGGAGGAAGCCCAUCCUGGCAUUGUGGACAUCAAAAUCACCAAGGUCGGCUUGUUGUGGCGGAAGGAUGCCAAGAAGAAGAAGACGAGAUCACCAUGGCAAGAGUGGGGUGCCAUUCUUACCGGUGCUCAGCUCUACUUCUUCCGCAAUACCGCGUGGAUUAAGCAGUUGAUGCACCAGCAGAGAGAUCACCUUAAGAAGGGCCAUGAUAGCGACCCGUGCAUCUUCAAGCCGCCACUGGAUCAGUUCAAGCCCGAUGCUCUAAUCUCAACAGACGGCGCGGUGGCCUUGAUGGAUUCGAGUUAUAACAAGCACAAGCACGCUUUCUUGUAUGUCAGACACGGUGGGUUCGAGGAAAUUCUCCUAGCCGAGGACGAGAACGAGAUGAACGACUGGCUAGCCAAGCUCAAUUACGCCGCCGCCUUCAGGACGUCUGGCGUCCGUAUGCGGGGCGUCAUAGGAGGCAACUACGACGGGCAAAGCCGGCGCGCAAUCAGGGGAUCUGGCAGCGGUAACGUCCAGGUAAUCCAGACUCCUUCGGGCGAAGUGACGGUGACCCGCAGUCGGAUCGACCACCAGAUGGCCCAGGAUAUUCUGGCGGCUCGACGGGAUUUCAUGCGCCAGAAAAUCGUCGAUGCCGACGAAAAGCUGAAGGAGGUCGAAGCAACACUCGAAUCUCAGCUUCGCAACUCGCGGCAUCUUCAAAUACUCGCGCCGAUAUCACCCAAGACCCGGGACCAGAUGUUAUUGUCUGCGGCGCGCAUGGCGGCACAGACCAAAUGGACGCGCAUGGAAAUCUGGAAGCUCAAGUGUCACCGCGAUGUUUUGCAGCUUGAUAUGGAGGAAGAACGCCAACUUCUCGGUCUCCCACCAGACACGAAGCUGGAUGGUCCGGCCAGGUCUCUCACGAGGGAGGAGUCCAAGAUGAGCCACAUCUCUGCCUCUCAAAAGAGCCUACGGUCCCCAGAACAGCUGUCCCUGACAAGAUCAUCCUCCAUUGCUGCAAAGUCGGAUGAUAACUCUUCACCAGCAACGGAGGCCUUCCAAACACCGCCUACUACUGCGAGUGCCAGCCGGGAAGAUUCAUGGGCUUCACCAGGUGCCGCAUCCGAUCACGGUGGCCUCAGGAAGCCAUCCGUCUCGACCACGGUUGGAUCUGACGCGUCCGUCCCCGGGACGCCGCCGAACAACGAGACCGAACCAUCCACCUCAAAGAAGCGCGAUUUCGAGCAGUCAGACGACGUGGAUGCCGGCGAGCGGGACCUGUUGGAACAAGCCGGGCUUCUCGAGCCUGAAAUCUCGCGUUCGUCAGACCACAGGAGCACCAACGAUAACGUGGACGGGGAAGGGACCCCUGAGCGGCGGGAGCGUGCCUCCAGCGGCACCCCGGCAGACCGAAGCGAGAGGAGCAAGAUUCGCCGCAGUCUGCAACGCACACUUAGGGAAGGCGCUGGCCACAUCUCGCAUCACCGGCACCGCAGGGCCAAGGACUCGACUUCGAACGCUACGUUGUCUGACGACGCGAACCGUGAUGCCCCCGAUGUCCUGCCCCGAGGGACCGGAUCGUUUGUGGUGCACGGGAAGAAAGCCUCGGUGAUCACCUUCGGGAACGAACUUCAAAUGCAGAGCCUCGCGACCGAGGAACGUAUCCGCCAGCGGCUCCACCGGGACGAUUCAUCGAGCACCCGCACUGGCGCAGCAGACGGCAGCGAUUUCCAGUCGAUCUUGACCGCGCGGUCCAUGCGGGAUCGCGAGCAUCGUGGCUCCGCCGCCAGUGCGAGCACCGCCACAGCGAGGAGUUUCAGGGAGCUGCAUAGAAAAUACUCCUCCGCCGCCAGGGGCAUGGGUGGUAACGGUAACCUCGCGUUGCCGUCUGACGAGGACAGCGACGCGGCGGUCAGCUUCUCCGAUGGGCGCCGCACGCCGCUGCCACCCAUUGACGGCGAGGAGGAGCAAGAACGGGAGCAAGGAGAUGAUGCCAACGGAGACACGGACGGUGUCGAGUAUUUUGAGCUCAGCCCGCCCCCCAGUCGCGAGGGCCGCAACACGGUGUUCUUCACCCCCGAGCCACCGUCCUCGCCGGUCAUCGAGCCGUCCAAGGGGAAGGAGGUGGAGCACAGGGACGUCGCUGAAGGCAGCGAUCGGCUCCCGAGCCCGCCGUUGCAGGCUGUCGGUGCCUAGGAGGAAUCACAUGUCGGGAUUCACAACCCCUCUACCAUAUAAACAACCCACCCACACGAUUUCAUUCCUUUCGAUUCGGUUUACAACAUACAAGUCUCUCCUUUUUUUUUUCGACAUACCAUUGUAUUAAUGUACCGUGACGCGAAAAUGUUUGCGCGUCGCCAGGGCAAGGCAAGAGAAGAGAAAAAUAUGGUGAAUGAUGUGAAGGCGGCUCGACGCGGAAACCAAGGCUUUCCUUCUUUCCUUCCUCCGUCGUUAUAGAUCUCAGCUACGCCUCUCUUGGGGCCUAGACUAUUCUGGCUCUUCCAGAAACCAACAUACACUCCCUUUUUCUUGCUGUUUCUUCUACUUUCAUUUCCCCGGGUUAGCAGGGUAACGGGCAAUGGCUUUGGGGGAUAUCCGUUUCCCUACGCAUGACUAUCACUCCUUUUAAUACGUGUCACAUUCUUCAUCUUCGUUUUUCUUCUUCAUUGAUGGGUGGGCGGGG